AUGUUCACGCUUUUUUUGGUGACGGAGGUCGGAUCCAACUCAUGGUUCCAUCACUUUCACCCAACCGAACAACUUCUUAUGUACAAAGAUCCGUUUGCAAAGAGCUUCUCUUAUUACCCUCCGCUUCAGGGAACUGACAACUUCAGUCCAGAGAUGAUUGGGUUCCAUCAUCUAACACCACACGAGAUGCGAAUCUUUGAUUAUGUGUUGUAUAAAUUGAAGAGACGAACUCCAUCGAAUCUACCUAGGAAUUUCGACGAUCAACAGCUUUAG